AUGAAAAAUGGAUAUUAUAGAAAUGAACUAGAAGGUAUAAGAUUACUGAAGACACGUGGAGACGACAAUAAUGAAAUUGAAGAUGAUUUUGAAAAAAUUAUUGAUAUGAUAGACAAGGAAAGAUUUGGUCCUUCAGAUGAAACAGAUCCUCCAGGUUGGGAAUCGGAUACCACAUAUGAAAAAGAAAUACGCGUUGGUAAAGUGAAGAAAGGAGGAAAAUUGGGACCAGGUAAACGUAUAGAGCGUGUAAUAUUAAAGAAGAAGAAACCUUUCGGUAAAAAUGAUUCUAGACCAGGUUUCUCAGAUUGGGAAUAUACAGAGGAAGAUGAGAGAGAACUAUUCGUCAAGGAAUAA